AUGGCUACCCCAGAUCCGGGCGGUGCGACCACAGACACACCAAAGCCUAAGUUAAAGAUCAACGUCAGUCGAUCUGCGUCAUUUGUAGGUGACGCAGCCGCAGCAGCUUCUGCAACGUCAGCAACUGCGCCGUCUGCUUUUCCCGCGUCCGCGACUCCAAGCGAUGGCCCUCGCAAGGUGAAGCUGAAACUCACCUCCUCGCAACCUCCAACACCCGCCACCGACCAAGUCCCCGCGAAAACGAAAGCCGGUCGCCAGACCAAGCCGAGCCAGAAGCUCGUCGAGAGCAGGAAACGACCGCACGACGAUGACGAGGACUUGCCGUUGUCGCAAACGGCCGCUAGCCAGGCCACCAAGAUAAAGAUUCGGCCAGGCGUCAAGUCGGCUCACACCCAGGUAGUGUUGAAGCCGCGAGGACGUCCGCCGGUCCACCCCCCGGGCGACGGGUACGAUUCCGAAGCGAGUGAUCGCGAGCUUGAUCCAGCGAUCGAGGAGCAGUUCGUCUUGAGAAUGUUACCCGGUGAGCACUGCGACUACGUGCGCUGGUGUAUGGAGAAUGGCAAGAUGGGCAUCCCUCGAGGCCAAGGCGGCGCAGACAUUAUCAUGAAGUUCUUUGACGAAGAAUCACGACGCGCCGUAGUCACUGUCAAGGGUCAACCGUUUGCAGCCGUCAUGGUAGACCUACCAACCAUCACCGAAGCCAUGAAGACCUGGGAUCGCAAGUCCUUCAUGAAAGCCGCAGACAUAUGCCAAAUGCUGCUGGUCUUCCAGCCAGUGAAGAACGACGAAGAAGCCAAGCGAGCACCUCUCCCGACCAUGAUCGACACCAACUUCAAAUGGCCGCAUGGCAUCACACCCCCCAUGCACGAUUGCGUCAACCGCCGAUUUGCAAAGACCAUCAGCCGCAAGGAAAUUGAAGACAAGGAAGCCGAAGUCGAACGACUGCUCAUGGAGGAUGCUAAGGCCGGCUCCACGAAAUGGGAAUGGGUAGACGACCGCCAGGACGAGGACGUGGACCUGGGCGCAGACGAAGACGCCGAGGGCGAAAUAGACGAUUCAAUGGGCUACUUUGGCAACACGCAGGACGGCGAGAUCUUUGGCGAUGACAACGAUCUCGAGGCUGAUUUGGAAGCUGCGUUUGCAGACGACUUGAUGGCUGAGACGCCCGGCACAGGUGUGGACAUGACCACUCCCAUGACCAUGCAGGUUGAGACGCCCGCACCAGGUAUUCAGGAAAGCAUUGAGAAUGGCGAGUCAGAAGAGGAUGAAGAUGACGAUGAUGAUGAUGACGACGAUGAUGACGAUGAUCUGGAUGAAGAUCAGCGUGCUCAGCGAGACGAAGAGCAAGGUGUAAGGGAUAUCAUUCACGAUAUGGAGAAGCAGCUUGCCAGACGGAUUGCGGACCUCGAAAAGACACAGAACAAGAUUCUCCGAAUCAGAUUGGAGACUCAGAUCAAGCAGUUGAAGUCGGAGCUUGAGUUGAAGAAGGGCUCGAUCGGUAUUGAGGUUGAUUAA